ACGCUGAUUGCGUUAAAAAAAGAAAGUUUGAAUCUGAAAAAUAAAAUUGGCUGAGAACAAAAAGAAAAGGAGUGAUCUGCUAAGCUUUUUUCUUUCUCUUCUUUCCUAAACAUUCUUUGAGCUUUACAUCCACCCUAUUCCUUUCUUUUUACCAAAAUCAUAGAGACAGACUUCCCAUUCGUUCCUUACGCUAUAGAAUAAUUGAACUAUCUAUAAAAAUGCUGCAUAACAGUAAUGAAAACAUUCUGCAAUUUGAUCAAGGUGUGAUGACCUUGUCAGCAUACGACCCGUUGCGAAAUCAAUAUCAGAAAUCGCGCGUACUUCAGUUACCUAAGUUACCUUUACUUGAAUCACUAGAACAUUUGUUUAUAGAAAACAACAGCAGCAAUAACAGCAAUAGCAUCCGACCUACAAAAUCAACUCGAUCCGCUCAAAUGAGAAGAAGCAGUAGCAGAGGGCACAACGAAUUAUUGCUAGAUGGAAUAGAUAAAGAUAUUAGCUCCUUCAACAGAAGAAGACGCUGCCAGUCCAAUCCCAGUCCGAAUAUGACAACAACAACGGUCAACCUAACAGCUAGUACUACCAGCACAUUUACUGCAGCAAUGAAGAAACGUGCCUUACAUAAGUUUGGCUCACUUACUCGUAGAAUGUCCAAAAGAUCGAGCAAAAACGACACAACAGAAGAGUCUGUCGUAUCAGAUAAUGCUUCCUUCAUUCACCGUAGCAGCCACAAUAGCAAAAUACGUUAUCAUAAACGCUCACUAUCGAAUGCUUUUCAAGCAGCUUUUACAGGAAUUGUACAGAAAGCCAACAAGAAGAUAAAGCAUAGGCAGGCAGAGCAGUACGGUUGGACACAUCAGAGUUGGGUGGAGGAAUUGAGAUUUUCGACGGAAUCCAUGGUGUCUUUAUACAGUCUCAACCAACCAUUAUCAUAUACGCGAGAACCUUCUGCCACUACUACUACUGCAACAUAUUACAAGGACGUGAAAAAUUCCUCUUUAUUGCGUGAAGACUGGUGGAUGUCUAGUCCAUCUAUUCGAAAAGAUUCUAUUAAUGUUACUGCUGCUGCUUUUUAAAUUGCUACCCCUGAAUCCAUCAAUCUUUUUUGUUGGCAUAAUCGUCGCCAUUAUAAUUAGUGCUGUUUAUUCAUAACAAUAAUAUCAUAUACCAUAUCCUAUAUCCCAGCUACACUCAUUUUAUUAUGUAUAUCCCCGGUCCAUUAUUUUUUUUUGGGUAUUUCAGACACCAUCUCUUUUGUUCUAAGCUUCUCAGUUUAAUGUAUAGCAAUAAAACUUGAAAAUAUCUAAUAUGACAAAUUUUAAACUGUUCU